AUGUCUCCUUCCAGACUGGGGCUCUGUUUGGCUGCCUGUUUACUAAAUAUUUCAGAAGAGAGGAAGUACGUUGUUGAGAACAUGGCAAAAGCAGCUCUUCUUGAAAAAAUGUCCAAGAGGUAUUCUGAAGUAUCAGUGCUCAAUAUAUUUUCAUUUUAUGAUUAAUACUACAACAGAUCAGUCAAAAUAGCAGCUUCUGUUAAUGAAUCAGGCAAUCCUGUUCUGGCUGCCAGCUUGGAGGCUUUGAAGUCUGUGCAUAUGGAGGUUCAAGAGGGGACCCCUUGCCUGGGAGCGGUGGGCCUCAUUCUCAUUUGCCCACUAUCUGGUGUCCAGGACCAGCAUGAUGGCAUCACACCCUUUCUGUACAAGGUGAUCCAGAUAUUUGCCUUCUCUGAUGGUUCUGACUGGUUGAGGCAGCCCAUAGGAACCGGGCUCCAAGAAUCCUUCUUUGCGUACAUUCUGAGCUUUCUAAGUGUAUGUGGUGCUCCAGAACGACAGUCCCAGAUGGAGGUGUUGGCCUGGAGAGGCAGAGAGCUGGACAAGGCCAGAAAGCCCGUCACACUGUUUAGGAAGAGAGACUGUGGGCGUCAGAGUUUGGGCUCUGCACGCCUGCAGCAGCCAAAGCAUGAGUCACUCCCUCCAAGUCACCGUGGAGCAGAUACGGAGCUCAUAGGCCUUGUUGAGCAUUUGGUUCUGCAUGUUCCUGGCUGUGGCGUUCUCUUUGGUGAGGCCGACUUUGUCCAGAGAAGGAAGCAGCUGGCCUGGCUUCCGAGGAGAGAUGUCAGCACCCUUGUACCCGAGCCGGGAGCUGCACCUGCCCGAAGGUGUGAUUUAACAGGUUCUCAGUAUGUUUUUGUUCUGCUUUUGUUUUUAAAUUUGUUAGAAUCCUGA